GUUACUUGUUGCAUCUAGUCGCGUUUUAACAUAACAAAAUGUAUGAGAAAACGUAGUCGGUUGCGUCCACGGGCUUGCAACCCCUCCGGUCGCUUUAAAAAUGGCAACGAAAACGGUUAGAGUUAAUAAGAAAACUUUGUACGAGAUAGUGCAUGAAGUUCAGCAGCGGCCUUGCCUUUGGAACACUGCUGAUGAGUACUACAACAACCGCGGUCGGGUAGCAGUGGCCUGGGAGGAGAUCUCCGCGAUUUUGAACUUACCAGAAGCCCUAAUCCGUGCUAAAUGGAAGAACAUGAGGGACAUAUUCAAAAGGGAGAUGAAAAGGUGCAAAUACAACUCGAAGGGCGAGUUCGAAUACACAGGCAAAUGGCGGCAUUUGAAGUUGAUGUGGUUUCUCCACAAACCGAAAUCCUUACAAGACGAGCACAAUCAAAAAGAGAACAGCAGCAGCACUGAAACAGAUAUUAAAGAAGAAAUGCCAAUCAUAGUCAACAGCCUCAGAGACCAGGAGGAAUCGGAUGACAAUAAUAUGCAAUUUGAGGGUAGUAACAUAUUUUCAAUGGACUUCCAACCGGAGCAAGAUCCGUUGCCGCUCAAGAGGCGGAGGUUGUCCGAAGACGAUUACGACUUGAUGUUCCUGAAGUCUUUGGUGCCGUACCUCAGGUCAAUGGAUCCAGUCAGGAAGUUGAGGAUACGGAACAGGAUACAAGAUAUAAUUUUAAAUGAAAUCAGUUAGUAAGGGACUUUUGGUAUGGAUUGUGAUCGGUGGUUGCUUCAGGAUACUGUUAAUCCAGGAUUUGGAAGUUUGAAUUUAUUUUUUAGUCGAAGAGAGUCAGUCUCACUGACUCUCUUCGACUCUCAUAGGAUCUCGGGGCUCAUAGAAUUAAAAGACAAAAAUUCUUUAUUCAUGAUUCAUGUAAGACGGUCGA